GUUCCUCGGAUCAAGUCACAAAAGUUUGCUUUCUUCAAAAUAGUUACAUGAGAAAAUUACAACAAUCCUCAUGUUUGAUUGAAUAUCUUAAUAAAUAUAAUUAUAUUCCUAUGUUUGCUUCAUCCUUUUUCUUCUCUUCUUUCAUUGCACGAUCCAUAUUGUGACUAAUAUAUAGUGAACAUCAUUGGCUACGAAAAGAAUGCAUCCUGUCUAGUGCAAGACGGACAGUGUCCAACUCCAUUUUCAUCUAUUGCAUGGCUGCUACCGUCGAAAUUGACAUAACUUCAAAUUCAUUGGAUAGCACCAUUGACCUACACUGCUACUCGCCUGGUCAUUCAUCCGACGACCUACAUAUUGCUGCCCUUCGUAAACUUGAAUCCUUUCUAAUCCGAAACAUUACUCAUAAUCAUCGGAAUGUACCGUGAUGUUCAAUGGAUAUGAUCGCGAUAUAUCUAAAUGGAACAACGACCGGAGGUAGAAAUCUUGAUCCACAUCGGUGCUCCGAGCAGAGCAGCCGAUGAUGCUCAUUACCGUGCUCUCGCUACUUCCUACAUCAACUUCGAGCCAGCAGAUCGGUUGGAUAUUCCGAAUCAUGUUUCCUCAAGUAUGAGCACCAAUGAGGGCAGGCACGAGCUACAUAACCAGGAGAGCCAACAUGAUACAAUACAAGAAUUGCCCACGAGCUCAUUAUCGAGUGAGCCAUUUGGUUCUUUUAGAUCACCCCAAGCUUCAUUCCGAAGCGUUCUUGACAAUGCUGGUUCACCCCGUAUCGUCCCAAGACCCAAACCAGAGGAGCCGGAGCAAUCUAACAAUCCUGAAGAUGCUAUGCCAAUGUCCCAAUCAUCAUGGCAAACACCAAGCAGUGUAGUACAAGACUCAUAUCCGGAAAACUUCAUCAACAUAACUAGCUUAACGUCGCCUACAAGAGUCUUGGAACACUACCUCCAAAACUUUGAUUAUUCCUCUGCUUCUCAAGAUCCUCCUUCUCAGUCUCAGCAAAGUAAUACCGGGACACCGUCUCAGGGCCUCGCUCGCCCUGCCUGUAGGGAAAGAAUAUUGGCUUCUCUCGCUCCGAGCACACCACAGAUUGUACCCUGUACACCUCCGGUCAAUCAUUCCCCUAAUUCGCGGGGGUUGGCAGGGGAAAAUCGCAUAGAAGGGCAUCAAGAGGGAGUUAUGCAGCAGGGAUCACAAAACGAGAUCACGAGUGAUAAUAUCAUCGAAGAGACCAUUUUGAUUGAUUCUUCCGACCCUUCUUCUAUCCCUAGAGCUGACUCUGAACCGCCGCCAGCCAAGCGUCAUCGACUUGAUUCAGCAAAUACAGGCCCAGGCGCCCUUCCACGAGCAGCAAGCGACAUCGGCCCAAGAGCAUCGGCGAACCAGAUGCCAAUAUUAACUGUCGCCUUUCUUGAGGAACACGGAUAUACGUAUGAUAGCUUGGAACUCAGGGCACCAGAACCUCCCGUCUCGUGCAGAAAUAUAGAGCCGGCCGAUCUAAUUACGUCUAGACUUGGAGAGCUAGCUAGGGAUCUGGAUAUUCCAAAACGGUACAAACCAAGAACGGAGAAGAGAGAAGUGCGCCCCUUCGAACGCGGAUUCUGGCUUAUAGAUUGCUCGUCCUGGGAUGCACAGCUUAAACCGCAUGUCUGGGCAUAUCUUGCGAAUUACGUGGGAUCUGGAUUUGCGGGAUGGGGCGUCUGGUGCAAAAGGGAUCCGGAUUUCCAAUGGAUUCGAGUAUACUGCUGGGGUUGUAUAGUGGCACAUAUCUAUUUGCUGCUUUACCUAGCCAGCCAGCGGAAGGUUUUGUUCACUGGGGCGAGUUGGAAUGAUGGAGAAGGCAUUCCCAUUAUUAUCAUGGAGACAAGAAGUCCUGGCGUUAAUUAGUGAGGGUAUUUCAUUCAUAUUUGCAAAUCGGGAGUUAAAUCGGAUGAAUUCAAGCAUUUAUAGCGACGGCGUAUGGGACAGGAUAUCAUCUAAUAAGAUACCCCUAGCAAUACUCAGAAUACGGCAUGUCAAAA